AUGGCAACCCCGUGCUUCGCCCAGGCGCCGGCCCCCACCCUACGACGAUCGCCGCGCCGUCUCCCCCUCACCCCGACCUCCUUCCUGCCGAGGCCGUUCCUGCCAAAGCCCUUCCCCCGCUCCCCCCGCCACCCGCAUCCGCGCCUCAACGCCGCCUCCGCGCGCACCUCCGCCGCCCAACCCCCCGACCGCGCAGCCACGCCGUGCGCUACCCGCCAGCAGCAAGCGCUGGAGCUGCGCCGCGCGGCGGCGCAGCUCGCGCACGACCGUGCGCACCCCGCGCACGUGUCGAACGGGUCGGAGGAGCUUCACCUGCACCCGAAGACGGGCGCGCCGCUGCUGCUGGCCAACUUCACGAAGGGGCUGCCGCACGAGCGCGACACGGGGCUGGCAGCCGACGCCGCGCACUACGACCUCUUCGUGGCGGCGGUCCAUUCCGGCUUGCCGGACGACAUCCGCGCCAUCCCGCUCGGCCCGCAGGCCGCGCCCGGCGUCCGCCUCCCGCGCUCGCUCCGCUUCCGCUCCGGCAUCGCACGCAGCUCGCACCUCUUCCCGCACACUGACGUCCGCGCCUGGGAGAGCAUGGCCGCGGGGAACGCGUUCGACCUGCAGGGGCCGGACGCGCAGGCCGUCACCAUGCCGCCCGCGCCCGCCCUCGCCUCCCCCGAGCUCGCGCUGGAGAUGACGGAGAACUACUGGAUGGCCCUGCUGCGCGACGUCCGCUUCUCGCAGUUUGCCGCGGACCCCACCGUCGCCGCCGCCAUGGAGAGCAUGAACGCUACCGAGUGGGUCGCCCUCGCGUGCGGCGACGCGUCGGCCGUCGCGGAGGAGGAGCGCAAGCGCCUGCGCGGGCCGUUUACCGCGCAGAACGUGUUCCGUGGGAAUACGCAAGGCGAUUGCAAGGGGCCCUAUAUCUCCCAGUUUCUGCUGUCUGGAAGCGCGGGGCUGGGCCAAGUGAACAGCGGCGCGGAUGGAUACAUCCAGUACGGAGCAAUGCGUAUGGAUCAGCGCGUUCGUGUCGCCCUCGAGGGGCUUGACUAUAUGACCACGUGGGAGAGCUGGCUGGAUGUGCAGAACGGGGCCGACUUGCGGGGAAGGGAGUUGUAUGAGGACGGCGAACGCUUUAGAUUUAUUUGCACCCCGAGGGACUUGGCCACUUAUGUCCAUUAUGAUGCCCUGUAUCAGGCUUACUUGAACGCCUGCAUUAUCAUGCUCAACAAGAAGAUCCCCUUUGACAAGGGCCUGCCGUUCCAGAAGGAUGACGACAUCGACAAGCAGCAGGGCUUCGCCUUAUUCGGCCCGCCGCACAUUCUCACCCUGUGCACGGAGGUCGCCACCAGGGCCCUCAAGGGCAUCCGCUUCCAAAAGUACAACGUCCACCGCCGUCUGCGUCCGGAGGCUGUCGGCGGCCGCGUGGAGCGCUACCACCACAACUGCGAGGACCCGCUCUUCGCCGACGUCAAGCCGCUGUACGACGCCCUGGAUAAGGACAUGCUCGAGCGUGUUGCCGCGCACAACGCCGAGCAGAACGCCAAGGACGACUUUGGGAACAGCCGCUUCGAAGACUAUUCCCCGACGGGUAGCUCCGGCAGGACCUAUCUGCUGCCCAUGGCGUUUCCGGAGGGCAGCCCCAUGCACCCGGCGUACGGCGCAGGGCAUGCGGCAGUGGCCGGCGCGUGCACCACUAUCCUCAAGGCGUUCUUCGACCACGAGCACGAGCUUGACUUUGCGUACGUGCCCACCGCGGAUGGCAGCAAAUUGGAGGAUGUUGUUGACUCUUUGGGGGAGAAGCUGACCGUCGAGGGAGAGCUCAACAAGGUCUGCUCGAAUAUCAGCGUCGGGCGCAACUGGGCUGGUGUGCACUACUUUACAGACUAUCGCGAGUCCAUCAUCCUUGGGGAAAAGAUUGCCCUCGGCCUGCUGGAGGAGCAGAAGCUUACGUAUGCUGAGGAGUUCUCCAUGACGAUUCCUCUCUUUGAUGGUUCCACUGUCACCAUUUAG